UAGAGGCUCCACAGCGCUACACGUUCGUCAAGGUUUUUUUUUAAACUUCCAUAGUGCAUCUUUGUUUUUUAUUUCUCUCCUCUUUGGUGUUUUUAUCAGUUUAGUGUAUCAAUUAAUUGUUUGAGAACUCAGUGAAGAUAAUGUUAUAUUUUGUUUGAGAUUAUGUUUUGCAAAUAAAUAUUGUGAAACAGUCGGCUUCCUUGGUUUCUUGCCGUGCAAAUGACGUAACACAGACUCACAAAAAUGAAGGACACAGAAUUAAAGUUGCCUACGCGCAAUGUAUUAACCGGCGCUGUUGUGAACUGGGAAGAUGAUGAGCUGGGCUUCGGAGACAGUCCGAAUAACCUGACAUUGGCAUGGAAGGACCUAUCCGUUUAUAGGAAGAAGAAAACACAAACCAGUAUUUGGAGAUCGCCUGUUUAUGAAGAAAUUAGGGUCUUACAUGGAGUAAAUGGAAUCGUUUCGUCAGGAAACUUAGUCGCUUUAAUGGGGUCUAGUGGUGCCGGCAAGACCACACUCCUAGCCGCCAUCAGCCGUCGCGACAAGAGUGCGAUGACUGGUUACCUCAUGCUGAACGGCAGAGUAGCUGGCGCUGACCUCAUAUCGAGGAUAUCUGGCUUCGUACCACAGGAAGACUUGGCUAUCGAGGAUCUGACAGUCGAUGAGCAUAUGGAGUUUAUGGCCCGAAUGAUGAUGGACAAGCGAUCAACAAAGGGAGUAAGAGCAAGACGUGUUCAGCAGCUACUAAGUGAAUUAGGAGUCAACAACUGCACUAAAACUAAGCUCAAAGCUCUUUCUGGUGGAGAACGGAAAAGAGUUUCAUUGGCUGUACAGCUACUAAACGACCCUCCAAUAUUAUUCUGCGAUGAGCCCACAACGGGCCUCGACAGUUGGGCAGCCGCAGCAGUAGUAGGUCGCCUUAGGAAGUUAGCUAUAGGAGGAAAGCUGGUAGUCUGUUCGGUGCACCAACCGGCUUCUGGAGUCUUCGAGCUGUUCCAUCAAGUUGUGUUGCUGGCUAAUGGGAGGAUCGCCUUUCAUGGAACUAUUGAACAGGCUGACACGUUCUUUGCUUCCCUAAACUUCAAAUGUCCCCUCGGUUUCAACGCAGCGGAGUACUACAUAUCCCUGCUCGGUAUUCAAAUUGACAAAGAAAUGGAGAGCAGGGAGCGAAUCAGGCGCAUAUGUGACGAAUACUCAAGAUCGGAUAUAGCAGCCGAGAUCGAUAGCAAAGUCGGCAAUGUUAAGGAUGAGAACGAGUAUUUUAAUGGCGAAACUGAUGAGAAGGAUCAGUAUUAUGAGCGAUAUGUAACUCUAGUCAAAGUGAAUUAUUUCGUACAAUUCUAUUGGCUGAUGUGGAGGAAUGUCCAAGCUCUAAAGCGUAACUACAGCAUUUGGAUCGCCGAGUUCUUUUUACUUAUGUUCGUAGGACUGAUAAUCUCAGUCCCCUACCACGGCCACUUCGACGAACUGGACCAGCGCGACAUACAGAACGUGGAAGGUUUGCUCUACCUGACCAUCACGGAGACGAUAUUCCUCUUCAUCUACGCUGUCUUCAUCACGUUCCCUAGUGAGGUGCCGAUAUUGUUGAGAGAAACGGCCAGUGGACUGUAUUCGCCAUUACCUUAUUAUCUGUCGAAGAUGAUAUUUUGGAUACCUCGAGCAGUAAUAGAACCGACUCUCUUCACGACGCUCAUAUUCUUGAUAGCGGGACUCCACGGCGGUUUCAUGGGCUGGCUAGGAUUCAACUUUGUCUGCAUCUUAUGCGCUAACUACGCGAAUGCUUACGGCUCAUUCCUCUCAGCAACAUUCGACAAGAUGGAGACAGCUGCACUCAUAUCAGUUCCAUACGACUUAAUAGGGCUUAUGUUUUCUGGGAUAUACCUGAACCUAGCCACUGCUCCUCCCUACUUCUCCUGGCUUCGAUACAUAUCAGGGUUUUACUACGGUACUGAAUGCAUAUCAGUUUUGCAAUGGACCUUAGUAGAUACGAUCAAUUGUGUGAAUGCAGAAGGCUUGCCCUGCAUCAGGACUGGGGCAGGAGUCUUGACUAGGUUCGGGUAUGAAGAGAAGAAUUUCUGGAGAAACUGUGCUUGUUUGGUCACUUUGUAUUGUGUGGGGAAUAUUAUAGCGUUCGCUAUGGUUGUUAAGAGGAGUCGGGGUACACCUGUGUAUUGAUAGUUUAUGAGGGUUUAAGUUCAGCUAAUAAAAUGUAUGGUUGCUCUGUAUUGUUGCCUGUUGAUAUACAACUAAGACUGUUUGUAUGGUGGCUAAAUGUCUCUCUGAAUGGUCUAUUUGCAGUAUAUUAAUACGGCCUACAUAAUUACAGACACUUUAAGAUCGUGGAAGGAUUGUCGUUAGAUAUAACAUAUUCUCAUUUAUUUAGCGACAUAAUGAUCCUUCAUUUGAAUAUGAAAACAGACCUAGAAAAAAAAACUUUGUCACCAAAUAACUUUAAUGAUUAUGUAUUCGUAGAUUUUUAAAAUAUUAAUAUUUAAAAAUAACUUCAGCCGCUCAACUAGUGUUACUCCCCAUUAGCAUUAGAGUACCUUGAACAAAGAAGAGGUCAGUCACCACAGUUCGUUGCGCAAUCCUUACGGACAACAUCAACCUUUUUGUUAACGAUCUUUUUUUAAGUGGCCUUAUUAAAGAGGUUCCUUUAUACCUGACCAUAGAUAAUGGCUGCUAUAGUCACACGGGCCACACUAUUCUUUUCAUUAUUGACUGAUUAAUGGAGAUAAAAGUGGUUGACAAACUAUUCGUAUGAGGAUGAAUAGAAUACUCUCUGUCGCACAGUUUACCUACUUGAGCGAAAGAGAGCUUUUAGAAGCUGAAAAUUACAAGAGGCCUUUCACGCGACACUCAGUAGGUGGCUAUUGUUCACAACUUCUAUUCUCGCUGUUAUCAUGUAGGUGUAAAUCGGCCCUAAGAUAUUUAUGAUAGCCAUAGAGAAUAAUAACAUCAAUCACGGCAUGCCACCCAAGUGCCGAAAUGAUUGGUUAUGGUAUUACCGUGUAAGAUAAGCCAUUUAAAUCACUCAUCGCCAAUUAUUAAGCUCGGCGUGAAAUUGCCGCGUGAGCUUUCGUUACGUUUCAAAAUUAUACAGUAU